AUGGUAAACACCUCCGACUGGCAAUCUCCAAAUAAAAUACCUCAAAACGAAACAAAGUUCAGAGACACAGAGGGCGACACAUCCCAGGACACAGAGGACGACACAUCCCAGGACACAGAGGGCGACACAUCCCAGGACACAGAGUGCGACACAUCCCGGGACACAGAGUGCGACACAUCCCGGGACACAGAGUGCGACACAUCCCAGGACACAGAGUGCGACACAUCCCAGGACACAGAGGGCGACACAUCCCAGGACACAGAGGGCGACACAUCCCAGGACACAGAGUGCGACACAUCCCAGGACACAGAGGGCGACACAUCCCAGGACACAGAGGGUGACACAUCCCAGGACACAGAGGGCGACGCAUCCCAGGACACAGAGGGCGACACAUCCCAGGACACAGAGGGCGACACAUCCCAGGACACAGAGGGCGACACAUCCCGGGACACAGAGUGCGACACAUCCCGGGACACAGAGUGCGACACAUCCCAGGACACAGAGUGCGACACAUCCCAGGACACAGAGGGCGACACAUCCCAGGACACAGAGGGCGACACAUCCCAGGACACAGAGUGCGACACAUCCCAGGACACAGAGGGCGACACAUCCCAGGACACAGAGGGUGACACAUCCCAGGACACAGAGGGCGACGCAUCCCAGGACACAGAGGGCGACACAUCCCAGGACACAGAGGGCGACACAUCCCAGGACACAGAGGGCGACACAUCCCAGGACACAGAGGGCGACACAUCCCAGGACACAGAGUGCGACACAUCCCAGGACACAGAGGGCGACACAUCCCAGGACGCAGAGUGCGACACAUCCCAGGACGCAGAGUGCGACACAUCCCAGGACACAGAGUGCGACACAUCCCAGGACACAGAGGGCGACACAUCCCAGGACACAGAGUGCGACACAUCCCAGGACACAGAGGGCGACAAACCCCAGGACACAGAGGGCGACACAUCCCAGGACACAGAGGGCGACACAUCCCAGGACGGAGCAACGCCACAAGUGGAGUCCCUCAAGGCUCACCCUUCCACUCCACUCUUGUUCUUAACGACCAUAAACUACACACCUGAAGACCUAUACUCCUUCACGUCGCCGGCCGCACUUGACGCACUUACUGACGCCAAGGAUCACCAGGGGAACAUGAUACAGCAACAGACCCAGGGGGAACAUGAUACAGCAACAGACCCAGGGGGAACAUGA